AUGCAGUCUAUAGUACUUCUUCUAUCUAUCCUAGGAUGCAUCUACAUCGUUCAUGGAUUAGAAUGUUAUUAUUGUGAAAGCGGCGUAAACUCGGGUUGUGGUGAUCCGUUCAAUGCAAGUGCCAUGAAUGACGACAACACGGAUGACGAUACUACCUUUAUAGCGUGUGUGAAAGUAAAGAGUGAAAGCAAUGGCAUUUUCAGCAUAUCACGUCGUGGUGUAAAUACAACUGGCGACUGCUCUGGAGACGUGAAUGGCUUUUCAUUCAAUGUUUCCUUGCCAAUAUUUAAUAUAUUUCAUUGGGUUAAUUUGAAUCCUAAUAAGUGUACAACGUCACCCAAUGGAACAUAUGUUGCAUUGAAUUACAAUGGAAAUUGUACUUUAUCUCCAGAUACUCUAACAACAAGUUCAUAUAAAUUUGUAAUCGAGCCUGAAACACAAACAGCUAAAUCGUUUAUAGUCUAUAAUGAUAGAGUUUGUCGGCUGGCUAUGAACUAUUAA